AUAAAGCAGUGUAAGAAUGAUAGCAGCUAUUUCGUGGAUUCCCAAAGGGGUUGCAAAGUCGGUACCAGCUGAGGCUGAGCCCCCUUCAAAGGAAGAAAUUGAAGAGAUUUUGAAGAGUAGUCUUCUUGAUAAACGUGAAGAUAGUGAUGAUGAGGAAGCUGAAGAAGAAAUGCAUGUUGAUGAAUCCAAGGAAAAUGAGGAUGAUGAAGUUGCUCAUGCAUUAGCUGCUGCUGAUGCACUUGGAAAGGCCACACAAGUUGCUUGUGUAGGAGCCGAUGACAUAGCAGAUGGGUUAAAGGAAUUGGACAUGGACAACUAUGAUGAGGAGGAGGAUGGAAUUGAGCUUUUCGGUUCAGGACUCAAAGACUUGUACUACGCAAGUAAUGACUUGGACCCAUAUCUCAAGGAUAAGGACAAUGACUCUGAAGAGGAUGAUGACAUGAUAAUAAGACCUGAUGAUUCUGUUAUAGUUUGUGCAAGCAAUGAGGAUGAUGUCAGUCAGCUUGAGAUAAUGAUUUUGGAAGAUCCAUCAGAUGGUGAAAUAAACAUGUAUGUUCAGCGUGCUAUUAUUAUACCUGCCUUUCCUCUCUGCACAGCAUGGCUAGAUUGUCCUAUUAAAGGAGGGGAGAGAGGUAACUUUAUAGCUGUGGGUUCAAUGGAACCAGCUAUUGAAAUUUGGGACAUUGACAUAAUUGAUGAGGUGCAACCAUCUGUUAUUUUAGGUGGCAUCGCUGACAUAAAGAAAAAGGGGAAGAAGAAAUCUAUCAAAUACAAGAAGGAUAGCCACACGGAUUCAGUACUUGGUCUUUCUUGGAACAAGGAAUAUAGGAAUAUACUUGCUAGUGCUAGUGCCGAUCAUUCAGUCAAGGUUUGGGAUGUGACUACUGAAGCUUGUAAUCUAACUAUGAAGGACCAUACUGACAAGGUUCAAUCAGUUGCAUGGAAUCCGUUUGCACCACAGAUUCUUCUGAGCGGGUCAUUCGAUCAUACAGUUUGCUUGAAGGAUGGGAGGAAACCCGCUCACAGUGGAUUCAAGUUUUCAGUUGCUGCUGAUGUUGAAAGCUUGGCUUGGGAUCCACAUUCGGAGCAUUCAUUUGUGGUCAGCUUGGAGAACGGUACAGUUACUAGUUUUGAUAUCCGUGCUGCUAGUUCUGAUUCAACUUCCGAGACAAAGCCAACUUUCACCAUCCAUGCUCAUGAUAAAGCAACGUCCUCUUUGUCCUUUAAUCCUCUAGUCCCAAAUCUUCUUGCAACUGGUUCCACGGACAAGACGGUUAAGUUAUGGGAUUUGACCAACAAUCAGCCUUCUUGUAUCACAUCUAGCAAUCCAAAAGCUGGAGCCGUCUUCUCUGUAUCCUUCUCAGAUGAUUGCCCCUUUAUGCUUGCUAUUGGCGGCUCUAAAGGAAAGUUGCAGCUGUGGGAUAUUUCGUCAGAAGAUGCCUUGUUGAAGAAAUAUGAGAAAUAUGUUGCACAAAAAAACCGGUCGUCACCACCCAAAUCAUAACGCAAAUAUAGUUUUUCCAAGAUAUUGGUUAUGAGUUCUAUAGUGAAGAUAUUGGCCACCAUUAUUCAUCAUAUGAGCAUGGUAAAUUUUGCUGUUGCUGCACAUUGCCUGGACCAAGUGAAAGAGUUUGGUGGAAUCAAGAUAGAUGUGUAUUUUUUUGGGACAUAACCAACACAAGUUCAUCGAACAUGUAUCAGAACGGAGAUCAGGGUCCAAAUCAUGACAGAGGUUAAAAAACAGCAGGUGGUGUCUUUCUGUUUGCUUCAAUGUUGUCAAGCAGAGUUAUCUUGUACUUGUGUCGAUUGAAGGCAACAUAUUCCUGAUGUAAUAGUUGCGGUCUAGCUGUUUGAACACUACAAGUAUCUAGAAAAAAAUGUUCGUUUAUUCUCUUAUUUACCAGAGUCCAUCCAGCUAGUAAAAUAUGAAAGCAGGACAAUCUUUUUCUAUAUUUACUUGGUUUCUCUUUGAGCCAAAUAUGAGGAAAUGCAAUACAUUUUGUUAACUUUAAUAUUAUGCAAUUCUGGAAAAUUUUCUUUUUA